AUGACUACACCGACGCUCAUCAACCUUCCUCCGCCUCCCUCCGACCCCGUCACCCCCUCUGACAUGGGCCCGAGCACUCCCAACUCUGGGACAACCUCCCUCUCUGCGCUGUCUACCGUAGCCAUCAAGGAUGGCCACCAGGGAGCUCGACGGCCCCACACCCACAGACCGCACCGGUCCUCUUCCAGUGCGUCUGAAACCUCCACCACCACCCUCGAUGCAGAGCGCGCAGACCGUAUCUCGCGACUUGCUGGCCUUGAACGCCUCUCUGCCCGCACAGCACCAGGUAGUGGUAACCCUCUUCAGCUACACCAGUCCAGCGGACUCUCGCACGGACAGGAAUACUUUGAUACCCACCCUCACAUGCUCAAGGAGCGUAGUACAGUCGGCAGCGCCAGCGCGACGGAAAGUAUAAGCCGUGGCAGCCUUGGUGGGCUCACACGCACCACCUGGGCCAGCGGGAGCGACGACGUCUUCGGGCACGAUGAACCCAUUGGCGCAGAAGACAUCGAUGCAGACGAUGCCGAUGCACGCUCAACAGACGCCUUUAGUGACGAAGGAAAUGCAAGUCUUGUUGGCUUCGGCGAGGGAGCAAACAGCACCGUCUCCGGGCCAAUAUCCACUGCCGUGCAACGCUCAGCUGCAGCCGGAUUAAUCAGGCAGUCCUCGUCUAUGACGGGCGUCAGUACCACCGCAGUAGCGGCCUCCAGUCCUACCUCAAGCCGCUUUUCCCACCCAAUCACAUACCAGCACCAGUCUCAGCAACCACCACAGUCACCCACUGGACCACAUACCCCGGCCACACGGGCUGAGGCGCAGAUGUUGGAUGGCAUGACGUACGAUGAAGACGUCGUAGAUACUACAGUUCGGUCACCGCUACCUGUUCAAAAGAAUGAAGAUGAGCCAUGA